UUUUACGCCACUGCUAACACUGCAGCAUGCAAACCGUAAAAACAACAACAACUUGUGGCAUGCAAAAGCAGUGGCAGACGGCGCCGUUUUUCGAAUUAAACAAUUUAAAUUGCAAUAAUUUUUACACAAAAUGUUUGAUGCCGAAGCAACGGAAAAGGAAUUGCGUUGCUUAACAAGUGUGCAGGUUGGACCCGAAACAAAAGAAUAUAAUUUAUUGCGUGCGGACGAGGAAUAUCGCAAUGGCAACGAAAAGGACUCAAUUUAUUAUCAAGUUCGAGCACUGUUCCAGUGUGCAGAUAUGCGACUCCUAACCGAGGCUCAGGACCUGGAAAACCAGCAACCAAACGCGUCUGAAAUAUUGUUGGAAGCGACUCGCAGGGAGAAAGCCGACUACAAAAGCAAUAAAUUUCUGCAAAACAUCUUGCAACAUCAAUUGAAACUAGAGCAGCAGACGGCAAAGCCACCAAACGCAGUCGUCGAUAGCCUGGACUUCCUGGAGGAUGCAAAGGAUCCAAAGACAGGGUAUGCGCGCAUCUCAAACGUCUGUCAACAACUGCCGGAGGAAUGGUGCGUGCUGCAGCUGUGCAAGAGCUUCAAUGCGGCAACUACUUACUCCACAUUUUGUGAGAUCGCUGGAGCCAAUGGUGACAUAUAUAUCUCUCUCCUGCGACACUGUCGCAGUCCGGAGCUGGAACCCACUUGCCUGCACUUCAAUAACGAUGCAUUGGUCAGCCUAUUUCAGGAAUACGGCACUUUGGUAGAGCGUUUUAGACGGGUAGUAACAGUCGAUCCGCUGACGGUAAAGGAUCAGGCAGCCAAGGCCAAGUACUGGAAAGAACUGAAUGCCUUUGAAGAGUACCUAAAGAAGCUGAUUUCUGAGCUGACCAGCGUUUUGAAGCCGUAUUGCUUUAUGUUUCUGGGCAAGCGUUAUUCCGAUGCUGCAGUGCAGCAGCAAACAAAAUUGAUGUAUGAUCACGUUGAUGAGUUCUGUGUUGAGCACAGCUGGAGCAAUCAUCAGCGUAUACUGCUUUCACAGGCGGCAUUGCAUGCGAAUCGUUUGCCCCAUGACCAGAUGAAACAGCUUAGCUAUGAACUCAAUAACAACAACAAUAAUUACAAUGAGACUGAAGCACUGCUCGUCUAUGAGCUGCUCAAGAGCUGUGCCAGUAAAUGGGAGAAGCUGGAACAGCGUCAACCGCUGGCGGCUAAACGCUUUCCCAUUAUUCUGGUGGUAGACGAGCGCCUGGAUCAUAUGCACUGGGAGCAGUUGGCACCCAUGCAGGAGUGCACGCGUAUCAAAUCACUGCACAGUUUGUGGCGCCUGUUCAAGUGUCACAAGUCACAGAUUCAGCACGGCUACUAUAUGGUUAAUAUAAAGCGUGGCAUAACGCUCAUCAAUCCUGAUGCUGAUCUGGCCAAUUCAGGUCGCCGUCUGCGCAGCUUCCUCGAAUACUGGCUAGGCCAUUGGCAGCAUAUGUUCGAGACGGUGCCCACAGAGCAGUUUAUGAUUGAAAAGGCUUUCAAGGCCGAUUGUUUUGUCUAUGCGGGUCACGGUUCGAGCCUGCAAUAUGUUUCCAGUCGCUUGAUUUAUCGCAAUCGUAUCAAGGGUGUCGUCUUUCUUUUUGGUUGCGACUCGACACGCGUGUUGAGCUCGGGUCUGUACAGCGCUUUAUACGGAGCACAGGACUAUUACCACGGCGCCCAAUGUCCCACUGUAGUGGGCACAUUGAUGCCCGCUCUUGAUGGCAAUAUGGAUAAUGUGUCCGCCAAUAUACUGAGCCAGUGGACAACACCGUCGAAGCAACAGAUUAUACCCUGGACAAAUAUUGAUCGUCAGGCGUGGGUCUCGCAGGGCACUGUCAAAGCAGCCCUGAAAGGGAACAACGAGACACUGGAACAGCAACCGAACUAUCAAAUGGGCAGCCUAUGCGCAAUUUUGGCCAACGUGCAGAUGGGCAAAGUGGAGCCUAAAAUCUACAACUGUUGUGUCUACGUAUGUCGAGGCUUACCGGUCUGGAAUUUAGCCGUGCAGGAGCUACCUUUUUAGAUAAAUCGUAUAUAGAGAUGAGGAUAUUGGGAUAAAGAAAGGCAUAUGAAGGGGUCAUUUUGAUAUUGAGUUGAACUCUUCCACAAAACCUUAUGUGUUUAGAUUUAGUAUGUAAUGAAGUAGCACAAUCUACUCCCUUCUGUUUCGCCUGAAACUUAGUGGUUCGAUAACUCACAAAUAGAGCUAGUAUAAAGCUGUAGAGAGUAAUGCUUAGCCAAAAUCAAACAUUCAACAUCAACAUUCUAUAUUCAGAUGAUGUAAGUAAGGAAAUAGCACAGCUGCUAGUCGACUUGCAUUAAAAAUUUAAGACUUAGAUUUAGUUUUAAGUAUCUCACUUGUGUAUUAAAUAACUAGCCCUAAGUUUGCAAGUUAAACGUGCUUGAAAAUGUUGCAUAAAAGAUCAAACACAACACAUAGAAUCGUAUAAGAUAUCAAAUAACAUAUAGAUGGAUCAAAAUU